GUGAGAGGGUGGACAGUGGAGGAGAGACAGCAGCAAAAGGGUGCACUGGGGUGAUGGGAAUUCAAUUCAGAAGAGAGAAAUUUAGGGAAUCUUAGCACUCUGGAACCAGAGGCUAUGGAAAUUGAGAGCCCAAGCCUGGUUCACUUCUUGGUGUCGGUCCUGAACAAAAAGGCAAAACUAAACUUUCAUUAACUUGUUUCCACUGUGGGCUGAUAAAAGUUUGCUAAAGCCAGCAGCUGGUUGUCCGUAAAAGCGAUAUACUCACUGAAGCUCUGAUGGUUCAACUCUUCCAAGACACAGAUCCAUAAAGGUCAGCCCUGCACCCUGAACAGCUCAGAGGGAGGAGCCAGACCAGUAGCGCCUGAUGCCCUGCCCUCUUCUGCCCUAAACAGAUGGCUCCAUAAUGGCAGUGGGUGAGGCCCUGGUGCACAUCAGAGUCACUCUUCUGCUGCUCUCAUUUGGAGUGUCUUUGUUCAUUUCUGACCACUCUCAAGCCAGGGCCUCCCAGCACUUCUCCUCUCAAGAAUUGGUGAUCCCCUUGAAGGUGACUGGCAGGGGCAGAAAUGCAAAGGCUCCAGGCUGGCUCUCCUACAGCCUGCGGUUUGGGGGCCAGAGACACAUUGCCCACAUGAGGGUCAAGAAGUUCUUGGUUUCCAGACACCUCCCAGUGUUCACCUACACAGACCAGCGUGCCCUCCGCCAGGAUCAGCCUUUUGUUCCUGAUGACUGCUACUAUCAUGGUUAUGUGGAGGGGGUUCCCAAGUCCCUGGUUGCCCUCAGUACUUGUUCUGGAGGUUUUCGAGGAAUACUACAGAUAAAUGAUCUUGCUUAUGAAAUUGAACCAGUUAGGUUUUCUGCCACAUUUGAACACCUGGUGUAUAAGAUAGACAAUGAUGAUACACAGUUCCCACCUAUGAGAUGUGGGUUAACAGAAGAGGAAAUAGCACGCCAGUUGGAGUCGCAAGAGUUGCAUAAUUUCACUCUGAUGCAAAGUUCUUACACAGGCUGGUGGACCCACUUGCGUUUUCUUGAGUUGGUAGUGGUUGUGGACAAUCUUCGAUUCAUUCACUCGGAAAGUAAUGUGUCAGUAGUGCAGCGUGAAAUACUUGAUGUUGUCAAUGUAAUAGGUAGCUUGUAUCACUCUUUGGAACUUGAUGUAAUUUUAACUGGGCUUGAAGUCUGGACUGAAGGAAACCCAGUUCCCAUCGAUAACAUAGAUAAGCUUUUGGAGGAUUUUGCUGUUUGGAAGUAUUUUAACCUUGAUGCCCGACUGUCACAUGAUGCGGCCCAUCUUUUCAUAAAAAAAUCAUUUGGCAUAAAGCUUGGACUUGCCUAUGUUGGUGGAAUAUGCCAGCGUCCUUUUAAUAGUGGAGUUAAUGUUUUUGAAGACGAGAGUCUGUAUGCUUUUGCAAUUGUUGUGACCCAUGAACUUGGUCAUAAUUUAGGUAUGCAGCAUGAUACUGAAUGGUGUGUGUGUGAACUUCAGUGGUGCAUAAUGUUUCCUGCCAGAGAGGUGACAAAUAAAUUCAGCAACUGCAGUUAUGCCGAGUAUUGGGACAAUCUUAUCAGUAAUGGAUUAUGUCUUUACUCUCCUCCACAUCCAGGGAAUAUCUUUAGGCUGAAGUAUUGUGGGAACCUAGUGGUCGAAGAAGGAGAGGAGUGUGACUGUGGAACCAUAGAACAGUGCAUAAAUGAUCCCUGCUGUCUGUUGAAUUGCACUCUGAAGCCUGGAGCUGCUUGUGCUUUCGGGCUUUGUUGUAAAGACUGCAAGGUCAUGUCAUCAGGGACUUUGUGCAGAAAACAGAUCAGUGAAUGUGACCUUCCGGAGUGGUGCAAUGGGACAUCCCAUCAGUGCCCAGAAGAUGUAUAUGUGCAGGAUGGGAUUCCCUGUAGUGAUGGUGCCUACUGCUAUCAAAAGAGCUGUAAUAACCAUGAUGAACAGUGCAGGGAGAUAUUUGGCAAAGAUGCAAGGAGUGCACCUCAGAGUUGCUACAAAGAAAUCAACACCCAAGGAAAUCGAUUUGGUCACUGUGGUAUCAAAGACACACAAUACGUAAAAUGUGCAUCCCCUGAUAUCCUGUGUGGGAGAGUUCAGUGUGAAAAUGUGGGAGUAAUUCCUAAUCUGAUAGAACAUUCCACAGUGCAUCAGCUUCACUUCAAUGACACCACUUGUUGGGGCACUGAUUAUCAUAUAGGGAUGUCCAUAUCUGAUAUUGGUCAAGUGAAAGACGGCACAAUGUGUGGUCCAGGAAAGAUAUGUAUCCGCAACAAGUGUGUCAGUAUGGUUCACGUGCCACAAGGCUGUCAGCCUGAGACCUGCCACAUGAAGGGGAUCUGCAAUAAUAAACAACAAUGUCACUGCAAUCCUGGAUGGGCACCUCCCUACUGCGAACACCAAGGCAAUGGAGGUAGUAAUAGUAGUGGCCCACCUUUUAAUCCCCAAGCAGAAGAGACAAGACUGAAGAAGGGAAACCAGCCAUUAUUGUGGUUUAUUCCUUUGACUUGUUUAUUUUUAUGUUGCAUCCUUGUGCUUUGUAAGAAACAUAAAAAGAAGAAGGAGGCAGAAACGAUGAAAGAAAAAGAGACUGAGGAGGAAGAAGGUGACUAAGGCUCCUGCUUCAUUUUUUUUAAAUCUCUGGUUUUUCUUUUAAUAGUAGAGAAGCAUUAGGGCAUGUCUGUUUCAAGAAAAAUUUAAUGAUCCCUCAUGUCAGAAUCAUAAGCAUUAAUAUUUCACUGAAGGAUUCCUAGCAUGUUCUUACUCUUCAGUGUGUUAAGCAAUAUUAAAAGUUCAUUUUUUUUUUCCUGGAAGUCAUCUCUUUAUGUUUCUUGAGCAAAGGCAUGGCAAAGUCACAUUUUUAAGCUAAUGUCUAUCAGUUGUAAACCUCCUCCCACCUUUGUACUCUUAAAAUGUCCAGGAUGUGCCGCUACAUACCCCAUUGCUGUUUUGCCAGCUUUUUUCCAAGUAGCUGUGCCAAAAGGGGGCAGUAGAAGUAGCCUGGAAUGAUGGAUGAAGGGAGAAGGGAGUUUACUUCCUUGUGUGCUAAAAGUUACUCUGUCAUAUUGGUAGCCACAUUUGGCUUUGGAUUGCAGUUUUGUUGACCCUGUUAGAACUAACCUCAUUCUUCAUUAGAGGUACCAGCACCAGAUGACCACUGAUACUUUCAGAGAUCAGAGUUGCAGCUCUGGGGUUAGCAGUGUGGUCCUCCUCUGAGUUGCUGAAGCACCAGCAUCAGCUAGUCACUUGCUCUCCUUAGAGGUCUUGGUGCCUGCUCUGCAGAGGACCUCCUUAAAUCAUCAGUACUUGAAUGAACCCAACUUCUUUCCUUUGUUCCCUUGGCCCUAGGACGUCUAGGUGCUUUCAGUAGUUACUUCAUUAUGAUAGUUUGAGUUCUCCAGUAGCAGACACUGAAUUAGAGGUUAGAGAGAAAGGAUGAUGAAGUCAGUUGUGCAGAUGAGAAAUAGCCUUGGCCAUUUCACAUUUCAGCCUUGGCCAACCUGGCAGCAAGCUCUAGGAUGAAUAUUGCCUGACAGACUAGUCUUGAAUUGGUCCAAAAUGGCCUGGUCUUCAUACCCUCCCCUUGCUUAUUCACUGGAUGUGGGUGCCCUGGGAAGGGUAAGAGCUUGGCCAUGCACCUCCCAGCAACUGAGACUGACCCCAAAGAGCUAACAUCUGGAGGCUCUAUGCUGAUCAUAAUCCCAGCAGCUGGUCAGCAAGACUUUCCUGGGAGGAGGAUGAAGGUGGCUCAUUUGGAAAUUCCACAGUCUGAUCUUUGCAUUGCUCUGAUCAACUUUUCUUUAUAUGUUCUGGAAACAGCUCCUCCAGGAUUCUGGCAGGCAUCUAUGCCUGUGGGGAACCAUAGAAGAGAGAGGUUAGUGGGAUGAAGCAGAGACCCUAGUACUGUGUUUGGUUCUGGAACUAAAGUUGAUACUUACUGUCUCUCCACUAUCUGUUCUAGUUUCCCUCAUCUCUAGAUAGCAUUCUGAUGACUUGGGUUGGAUGUUAACCCUGUGUUAUUACCCAGGCUCUUAUCUUUAAAGCACCCGAGUGCCUGGUCACCAUGUCUUUCUCAGGCUGGGAUUGCUGAAUCUAUCCAUUAUAGUAGCAAUAGAGCUAGAAAAUACAAAGGGGCACCUAAGGAGAUCACCUGGGUUCCACACAUAUGCCCUACCUCCUCUCGAUGAUUAGGCUCAGGUAUGCCUGUCAAGACUGUGACACCUCUUCUUGCUACUGCAGGGACACAGGAAACCCCAAAUGCCCAGGUGGGACUCUAGCUUUGUCCCACUGUGAAAGUGUGACCCAUUUGGUGACCCUGCAGAGCCUAGAGUUGCAGGGGACAGGAGGCACAUACCACCUCAGUGAGUCAUAGGGAGUGAUGGUAAGUGGUGCCACUUCUACUUCCAGCCCCUGGUUCCCACCCAUGUAGAGGUCUCUGGUUUAGUGUGUACAACCCAUCAUGGAAUGGAACUUGUAUUAGGGUUCAGCAGAGAAACAGAACCAACAGGAUAUGGUGAUUUAUAUAUUUACCCUUUCCCCAGAAGAGGAAGUAAAGCCCUCAGGGAUGUUUGUUCUUCUUGAUAUCCGGUAACUUAAAUACUAUGAUGUGAAAUUAAUAAUGAGAUACUAUGAUAUAAAUUCAAUAUGCCUUAUGCUACAUGUUAAGGGAAUAAGAGGAAAUAACAAGGAAAAAAAAGGAAAGAAAACAAACAGGAAAUAUGAAUGCAAAUGUAUUCAAAUAAAAAUAAGAACAU